UUGGAUACAAUUAUAUCACCUCCAAAUCUGUUUUUAGAAGUUAGUGUCCGGAAAUCGAGAAUGGUUAGCAUAAGGCUCUUGGUAAUGUUGUGGGGCUUGCAAUGUAUAAGUUGUAAUGCUGAUUCAGAUUCGCUUUGGACAAGUAAGCUCCCCGAGCAAGAUCUGCAAUCCUUCAUCGACAGUCUCAUCCAGCAACAGAAAAAGCUCUGCACGAAUGAAAAAAACAGUGUCAAAGCUCUGAAGAAUCAAGUAGAGAAUGUCACUAAUCUCUUAUUUUACCCUCCACUGAUCUACAACAACAAGAAGUACGUCAUCUCCAAGGUUCCUUACCAAAGUUCUGAAGAAGCCAUGACAUACUGCACAGCUUUUGGCGGCUACCUGGCCGAAGUCAAUGACCAAAACGAGUAUAGGGCGCUGCAGAAUUUUGUUCUCAACACACCAGAAGUAGACGUUGUGCUUGUUGCUGGGUCCGAUGCCAAACAAGAAGGAAUCUGGCUAUAUCAGCGUACUGGGAAACCUCUAUCCUUUUUAGACUGGGGCCCAGGACAGCCGGAUAAUUUGGGAGAUGAAGAUUGCUUAAAUAUGUGGAAAAAAUUCGGCGGUAAGAUGAAUGACCUGCCCUGUGGUUUCAGGAGUUCUCAAGACAGGUUUCUGUGUGAGCUACCUAAAUAGCAAAAACAUACCAGUGCCUUUGAGCUAUAUAAUUAAUAAAACAUUAACGGUAAUAU